UUCAUUGGCACCCGAUAGUGUCAUCUCCGCCUUCUGCCCGAAGUCUGGCAACACUUGUUCAUUUAAGACGCGACAGAACGAAUUGUACUCUUUCAAUUUUCCAAAAAGAAAAUGGCAUGAAAACCGGCCAAAAAGUGCAACAAACGAAGAGCUUAACCCCAAAUUUUCUAAACACACACACAUACAAAAACGAGAAGAGCCAACGAACUCGUGCAGCGACGCCCAAGAAUGAAAGAGAGCAAGGCAACAUGAAAAUUACAGCAACAACAACUGGCUUGCCGAAGAAGUUGUAAAAGACGCAAGGGCAGAAGAAGAAGCAGCCACAACAGUAUUUUUUAUUAGCGGGUGUUGUUGUUGUCAUAUACACACAUCUCCCCUAACUCAACGUUUACGUUCCACCAGCAGCAUGCACAUGUAGAGAAACCAAUUCCAAAGAUAUCUGACGACGCCCCUGCAGCGGACAACGAAUAUUCUUAUUUAUUAUUGUGAUAGCCACUAGUUUUAGUAUUCUUAAGCUUUUAAACAACCAAACGUUGCACGCCAAAAACGAGAGAAGAUACCCAAAAAGCUACAAAUUGUAAUGCAUUCCACAAUGAGUGUACAACAUGGGGUGGUUGCCCUGGUCCUGAUCGGCUGCCUGGCACAUCCGUCGUACGUCGAGGCCUGCUCCAGCCGUACGGUGCCCAAGCCGCGCUCCUCGAUCUCCUCAUCCAUGUCCGGCACGGCAUUGCCGCCGACCCAGGCUCCAGUCACAAGUAGCACCACAAUGCGCACCACCACGACGACCACGCCCAGGCCCAAUAUUACAUUCCCCACUUACAAAUGUCCUGAGACCUUCGAUGCCUGGUACUGUCUGAACGAUGCCCAUUGCUUCGCGGUGAAGAUUGCCGAUCUACCGGUUUACAGCUGCGAGUGCGCGAUUGGUUUUAUGGGCCAGCGGUGCGAGUACAAGGAGAUCGACAAUACUUAUCUGCCCAAGAGGCCGCGUCCAAUGCUGGAGAAGGCGAGCAUUGCCAGUGGAGCAAUGUGUGCCCUGGUCUUUAUGCUGUUUGUCUGCCUGGCCUUCUAUUUGCGCUUUGAACAGCGAGCAGCCAAGAAGGCCUUCGAGCUGGAGCAGGAACUGCAGCAGGAGUACGACGAUGAUGAAAGUCAGUGCGAGUGCUGCCGGAACCGGUGCUGUCCAGAUGGCCAGGAGCCAGUCAUUCUGGAGCGCAAGCUUCCCUACCACAUGCGGCUGGAGCACGCGCUGAUGUCCUUCGCCAUUCGACGCAGCAACAAGCUGUGAGCAGAGCGAAGUAUGGACUUAUACAGGAAGCCGAAUUUCGAAUAUGCCUUGCCCAAUACACAAUUCCUUACUGGGCUUUAGUCGAUAGCUAAUAAUACCUAAAGAUCUGUUUACCCGAUUCUAUAUAGAGAUCUUCAUAUCUUCUAUACCGAUCUUUUUUUUACCGAAAGUUACCCCGAAAAUGGAAGCCUUGUAUUACCCAAUUGACUAUGAAUUUUAAUACCUAACGCUAGCUAUUUAUUAUUAUUGCUAACUGAUAUACGUAUCACACACACAACGCGAAACACGCGCCAAGUAUUAUUUAUUGCGAGAGAUUUAAGAAGAAAUGAUAUGGAUUUUCAAAAUAAACAUAAGAAACUGCACCAUGCUAAA